UGAAACUCAAAUAGAGGAGCAAAAAUUACCCAUAAUUCUAUUCCAUUAGAGCUUCAAUGCGAAUCUCGUCUUGGAAAUAAAAUUCAAAGCAUCCUUUACAGAAAAAAAAAAAAAAAAAAAAACCCACCAAGAAUGUCAGCCAAUAACCAGACCCUUUUCGUAUCUUUUCUGAUUUUUCUCUGGUAUACAUCCAACAUUGGUGUUCUUCUUCUCAACAAAUACUUACUCUCUAAUUAUGGCUUCAGAUUCCCUAUCUUCCUCACAAUGUGUCAUAUGUCCGCAUGUGCCCUUCUCAGCUAUAUUUCUAUCGGUUUAUUCAAAGUUGUUCCUCUUCAGAGGAUCAAAUCACGGACCCAGUUCUUUAAAAUCACUACUUUGAGCGUCGUCUUUUGUGGGUCUGUUGUUGGUGGCAAUAUCUCGCUCAGGUAUCUUCCUGUCUCUUUUAAUCAGGCGGUUGGUGCUACCACGCCUUUCUUCACUGCUGUGUUUGCGUAUCUGUUGACGUUAAAGAAGGAAGCUUGGGUUACUUAUGCUGCGCUGAUACCAGUCGUUACUGGUGUGAUCAUUGCCAGUGGGGGUGAGCCUAGUUUUCACUUGUUUGGUUUUAUCGUGUGCAUAAGUGCCACUGCUGCAAGGGCUUUCAAGUCUGUGCUUCAGGGUAUCCUACUUUCAUCUGAAGGGGAGAAGUUGAACUCGAUGAAUUUGCUGCUGUAUAUGGCCCCAGUUGCUAUUCUAGUUUUGUUGCCUGCCACCGUUAUCAUGGAGUCCAAUGUGUUCGAUGUCAUUAUUCCACUUGGAAGAAAACAUUGGUCGAUGUGGCUACUUCUUUCGGUGAAUUCUGUGAUGGCCUACUCAGCGAACUUGACUAAUUUCUUGGUGACUAAGUAUACAAGUGCACUGACACUUCAGGUGCUAGGAAAUGCGAAAGGGGCUGUGGCUGUUGUUAUCUCCAUACUCCUGUUUCGAAAUCCUGUUACUGUUGUUGGAAUUGCUGGAUAUUCUUUGACUGUAAUAGGGGUGGUCCUUUAUGGAGAAACAAAGCGGCGGUCUAAAUGAGCAACCAGUCUCAUUCAGAUAUCUUUUAAUUCAAAAUAGGAGAGGUAGUCUAGUAGAUCCUCAAUCAAGAGAAGGAAUUUAGUUCCUUAUCUUUAUUUGAUGUGCUCAUUGAAAGGGCUUAUCCAGUGCACGAGGCUCCCACAGUGGGGAGAGGCAGAUAUGUAUGCAGCCUUACCCCUGUUUCAGUUUUGCAGUGAGGGUAUUUUCUGAUUUGAACCCACAACCAACAGGUUGCAGUGGAGCAACCUUACCAUAGCACCGAGGACAACUUCUUUUAUUUCAUGUACUCAUUGACAUGAAGAUUAUUUUUCCUUUGGCUCCUUUUGUUUCGAGGUAAAUUUUUACAUGGAAAAAUUGUACAUGUAAAUUUUCAAACAUUUUGACAUA